GUACUUGUGCUGCUGUCACCGGUGUUCUCAGUCGCUCCUGCCCCGAGACGGGGCCAAAUACUUUGUGAGGGACUUUAUCCUGAUAGCAAGCGUAAGCAAAACCAAAACUUGAAGCAGCGCCUGAUUGAACUACCCGUUAAACUUUCUCAGACUCAGAAAUGCAAUUGCCAGUCGCAUCCGCUACCACUACUUCGCUCCAAUGUGCCUUUCUUCCUCGCCACGGGUUAUUCGGAGCUCUGGGAUCUAGUGGCAGAGAGAAAAGGUUCAUAAAGAAAGUCGUACCUGCUAAAAUUACUGCAAAGUUUGAUCUGAAGCCUCCUCCAUAUCCACUGAAUGCUUUAGAGCCAGUAAUGAGCCAGGAGACACUAGAGUAUCACUGGGGGAAGCACCACAGAGCGUACAUGGAUAACCUAAACAAGCAAAUUGAAGGAACAGAUCUAGAGGAUAAGUCACUGGAAGACAUUGUAGUUAUUUCAUACAACAGGGGUGACAGUCUUCCAGCUUUCAACAAUGCAGCUCAGGCCUGGAACCAUGACUUCUUCUGGGAGUCAAUUAAACCAGGUGGUGGCGGGGUCCCAUCUGGGGAUCUUCUGCAACUAAUUGAAAGAGAUUUUGGUUCAUUUCCAAAAUUUGUUGAUGAGUUUAAGGCUGCUGCUGCAACACAAUUUGGUUCUGGUUGGGCUUGGCUUGUAUAUAAAGCAAACAGACUCGAUGUUGGAAAUGCAGUAAAUCCUCGUCCAUCAGAUGAGGACAAGAAACUUGUAAUAGUCACGAGCCCCAAUGCUGUGAACCCUCUUAUCUGGGACUACUAUCCUCUCCUUACCAUUGAUGUUUGGGAGCAUGCUUACUUCCUGGACUUUCAGAACCGGCGGCUGGAAUAUAUCUCUGUGUUCAUGGAUAGGCUAGUGUCGUGGGAAGCAGUCAGCUUGAGGCUUGAACAAGCAAAGGCUCAAGUAGCUGAGAGGGAGAGGGAGGAUGAGAGAAAAAGAAGAGAGGAAGAAGAAGAGACAUUGACCCCCAGGGAAGCUACUACAGAAGAAAUUUAUCCUGAUAGUGACGCUGACGCAGAUGCUUGAUGAUUUUUAUCCACAACUGUGAGCUAUAAAUCGUAAUGUGCUAUUUGAACCAGGUAGGUUGAUUAGGUGGUGCUGUUGAGGUCCAAUCAUUUACAGCUGCCAAAUUUUGAUCCAGAGUAGUAAUCAUCAUUCUUUUGUAUAUUUGAGUUAGUGCUUCAUUUAUGGUUCACCAAUCACCUAUCUUGUGGAAAUUUUGAGAACCUGUUGACGGAAGUCACUGUGCGAACUAGUAAACUCGUUUUAACUUCAUGGCUCUUGCACAUGAAAGUUCACAAACAUGCCACUGUUCCUCACCAAUUACACGUAUUUCUCAAUAAAUCAUUUAUUGGACACA